AUGGACGGAUGUUCACCCCCCUCAUCCACAGGCCCACGCGCCGAGACUACUUCUGACUCGCCGGUCAACGACUCAUACAACGACGCCGAUAAGGGCCCCCAGUCGUUCUCCGAUUUUAAUUCAGGUCGGCCGGAUUCUUUUACCCAAGAUCAACCUCAUACGAGGGGUAAAGAUGGCGAUUCCGGUAUGAAACGACUGCCGACCAUCAAAGACGUGGCUCCAGGCCGUGGGCAGUCAUAUACAGCUCCAUCGGCUGACGCCGGAGACGCUAACCGUGGGUCUGUUGUUGGUGAUAUUUACGACGGCCAGAAACCGAAAACGGUCGGAGAUCUCGCGGCUGCAAACAAGCACGAUUCCGGCACUAUUGGUACGUAUCCGUAUGAUCAGGAAGGUAAAAUUCCGACGAACAGUGACAUGCGACCAUACAUUAACAGUUCCGGCGGUCAACAGGGUGGUAAUCAGUUCAUUUCGGGUCCAAAGAGUUACAACGGCGACCACUUUGGGAAGUAUACCUGGUGA